AUAUGACAUAUGGAAUAUUUAAGAUAUCAUUUAUUAGUUAUUUUUAUUUUGCUAAAAAGUGAAAAGUGUUAAAAAUUGGUGUAAAUAUUUUCAUUUGAGCAUUCGAAAUUCAGAACAAGAAAAAUAAAAUAUGAGAAUGAAAUUUGCAGCUAAAAACACUCAUCUUGAAGGUCUCAAUUUUGUGAUAUCGUAGAAAAAUCUGGAGAGAUAUACUUAUUUUCAUUUCUUAUCAAUCAACAUGACCCUAAUCAUGCUGAUGAAAUUACCUACACUCUUGCUAUUUCUGAUAGCCUCGGCUGAAAUAACAGAUACCACCUCUAAAGAUUCAAGCCUAGAAGUAGUACUAGAAAAAGAUGAUAGGCUCAUAAUAUUUUCCACAAUCGACGGUUCCCUCACGGCAGUUGAGCAACAAACAGGACUGAUUAAAUGGAAAAUUAAAGAAAAACCUAUUGUACAAGUACCUUUAGAUAUAUCCAGUGCAAUUGUGCCUAUUUAUUUACCAGAUCCUCGAGAUGGUUCUCUAUAUUUGAUAGGAAAUGUACAGGAACCUCUGAAAAAAUUACCCUUCACCAUACCUCAACUUGUAUCUACAUCUCCAUGUAGAAGUUCAGAUGGAAUCUUGUAUACAGGAAAGAAAAAAGACACUUGGUUCAAGUUGGAUCCCUCUACUGGUAAAAAACAACAAAUCCUCGGUUGGGAUGACUAUAGCCCCACCUGUCCAGUAGAUACAGAAUUAUUCGUGUAUAUCGGCAGGUCUCAGUACAAUCUCAGGAUGGUCGAUGAAAAACAAGCAGAAAACAAAUGGAACAUCACAUUUUAUGAUUAUGCUGCACGACCUAUGACUAAAAAGGAGUUGAAUGUUUAUGAUUUUGUUCACUUCACAUCAACAUCCACCGGACAAGUUGUCACGCUGAAUCGGAGACGUGGCAACCUUGUAUGGGAAAAGGACAUGGGGAGUCCCGUUAUCGGAGUGUAUCUCUUAGAUUCCGAUGGCCUGCUGUCGUUGCCGUUCACUUCUUUGGCCAACAAUACGAUCGCUCAAUUGACCAAUGAAUUGGUCUCCAAUGACGGACUCCUACACAAAACCAACCACAUGAAACUCUAUCCAACUCUUUACAUUGGGGAGCACCUGCACGGUUUGUUCGCAUUGCCCUCACUAGUGGAUCAAAGUGUCGUCACCAUAUCUGGUACUGUCAAUGGGCCUCUGCUGCUAGGGGGGCCUCAUGCUUCAGAGAGCUAUAGAAUUCCUGAGGUUUAUCCAGUGCCGGGACAUAACUACCAUUUGCCAGCAGACAAUCAAAACAAGCACCUGUUCCAAAGUUUACCAACGUUCGGGAACCACAUCAUAAUAUAUACAGGGCAUUACAAUUUGCCUAAAUUCAGCAACCAAAAACUAUUGGGUUUAAAUAGAGACGUGACUCCAUUCAAUGAAGAUCAAACGUCUCAAGACCAUUAUUCCAAAGAGUUUGACAAAUCUCAGGUGAUCAGUACGAUCGAAAAUCAUUUCCAUGGGAUCGAUCAUGACAAUCUGACGAAAAAUAAUACUGUCGUCGAUUCGAUGAAAAUCCAUUAUGACCAUUUGAAAAGUUGGAUCAAUCGGCAGGAGAAUAAAGGUCUAAAAAUUUCACUGAUCAUCAUGACAGGUUCUGUGAUCGGUAUGUUUUGGUAUUUACAAAUUCAAGUGAGAGAAGUUCAAAAAGCUUCUAGGUCGAGCCAGCAGGAUUCUCAAGGACAUAGUAAUUUUGUUUCAGCAGUGUCCGAAGAAUUGCCAAACGGGCUGGUGAAAAUCGGGAAAAUAUUGUUCCACCCUGAUCAUUUAUUAGGGAAAGGAUGUGAAGGAACAUUCGUUUAUAGGGGGGAGUUCGACAACAGACGAGUCGCCGUGAAACGCCUCCUGCCGGAAUGCUUCACACUGGCCGAUCGAGAGGUGGCCCUGUUGCGCGAAAGCGACGCCCAUCCCCACGUGAUCAGGUACUACUGCACCGAGCAGGACAGGAUGUUCCGCUACAUCGCCUUGGAGCUGUGCCAGGCGACGUUGACGGACUAUAUUGAGGGCAAGUGCGAUAUUAGUCCUAUCAGCCCUUUGGAGGUGUUACGGCAGGCCACUUCCGGGCUCUGCCAUUUACAUUCCCUGGAUAUCGUUCAUCGGGAUAUCAAGCCGCACAACGUGCUGAUAUCGGUGCCCGACAACAAGGGCCAAGUCCGAGCCAUGAUAUCCGAUUUCGGGCUGUGCAAGAAGCUGCAAGUCGGCCGAGUGUCGUUCUCCAGACGAUCUGGCAUCACGGGAACGGACGGAUGGAUAGCGCCCGAGAUGCUGAACAGCAACGAAAGAACGACCUAUGCAGUCGACAUGUUCUCGUUGGGAUGCCUCUACUAUUACGUCCUUUCGAAGGGUUCUCACCCGUUCGGCGAUUCCCUGAGACGACAGGCGAACAUCCUGACGGGCAAGUACGACUUGAACGACCUGAAAGGCCCCGCCUGGCUCACGGUCCUCUACAAAACGGUCGUGACGGCCCUGAUAUCCUCGGAUGCGAGUGCCAGACCGUCUUGCAGGGCCGUAUUGGAUCAUCCGAUGUUUUGGAGCUACGAUAACAUACUGUCUUUUUUCCAGGAAGUCAGCGACAGAGUGGAGAAAGCUGACAUCACCGACGCAGUCCUUUUGGAAUUGGAAAGCGACGCCCAACAAGUAGUCAGAACAGAUUGGAGAAUGCAUAUUCACGAUGAGGUUGCAUCCGAUUUGAAAAAGUAUCGUUCGUAUAACGGUAGUUCUGUCAGAGAUUUACUGAGAGCACUGCGGAACAAGAAACACCACUUCAGAGAACUGUCCGCUGAAGCCCAAUACAUCCUGGGGAAGGACUCGGAAACGUUCACCCUGUAUUGGCUCGACCGAUUCCCUUUAUUGUUCUCGCACACAUGGACGGUGAUGCAAUGCGUCGCGCACGAAGACAACUUCAAAAAGUUCUACAACUCGCACCACAGAUACUCCCCCGAAAGUUUCGAGGACGUGAAAAGAUCCGUUUGCGAAAGUGCCUCGAUUUUGUCGGAAAAUAGACCGCGGCCAGAGUUUGAAAGUCACAAAUUGCUCUAUAAGCAAAUCAGGAGGGUGAGGCAGAGUUAUACUGUUGAUGGAGAGCUUGUUAAGUCGGGAGGUUUGUAUAGAAAUCACGGAUCUCCGGAAAAAUCUGAGAGGUUUUUAACGAAGAAGAAGAGGACGAAGAAGAGCGACGAGCCGCUAGUUUGGGUUUUGGACCAGUAACUGUAAUUUUUUUGUACCUAUUUCUCAGCUGUGAUAUCGAUGCACUCUUGCAUAACUUAGUUUUUUUAAACUUAUAACUAUCAAUUUUAAUGUAGGUUAUUUUGUAUAAACUGUUACUAAGAAAAAUGAAAGAGUUUAAUCUUAUCAUCUUAUCUAAUUUUUUUUAUUUCAUCUAGUUCAAAGAGUAAAUUGAACAAAUAAGUAUCACUCAUAUACAAUUCAAUGACUUCCAAUCACUCCCGAGGAAAUAAAAGUGUGUUUUGAGUUUAUUCCCAUCUAGAUUUCCUCUUUGACGCUUGCACUAGAGUCGCUGAAUUACUAGGUUGUUCUGAACAAGCAGUGAACUGAAACAA